AUGAGUGACCAAGCUGAAUCAUCUGGCUCGAAAGGAGCGAAAAAGGAUUUCUCCACUGCAAUCUUGGAGCGCAAGAAGUCCCCCAAUCGGCUUAUCGUGGACGAGGCCGUUAAUGACGAUAAUUCCGUCGUGGCGAUGCAUCCUGAUACUAUGGAAAAGCUUCAGCUCUUCCGCGGAGACACAAUCUUGAUCAAGGUUAAUUUUUCUAUUUUUUUUCGGGAUGUUGUUGAAGACGUGCUUUUGAGUCUAAAAUGUUGUAAGAAAAGGAAAGAUACAGUCUGUAUUGCCCUUGCUGAUGAGGAAUGUGAAGAGCCAAAGAUCAGGAUGAACAAGGUUGUCAGGUCAAAUCUGAGGGUUCGGUUGGGAGAUAUUGUAUCUGUCCAUCAGUGUGCAGAUGUCAAAUAUGGAAAACGCGUCCACAUUCUGCCACUGGAUGAUACCAUAGAAGGCCUUACAGGGGAUCUUUUUGAUGCAUACCUGAAACGUAAGUUUGCAAACCUGCCUUCUGUGAGGCUGUGA